UUCUUCUUUUGCAGAACCACCAGAACACCCGUUGUUAAUCCCUAAUCCCUCCCGUCGACCCCCAUCCCCCGCUUCGUCGUUACUAUGGUCAAAGCUAGAAAGUUCGCCGUGGUGGGCUCCCGGUCAGUUGGCAAGUCCUCCAUGAUUGUCCGGUUCGUGGAAGACUACUUUGUCGAAUCCUACUAUCCCACCAUCGAAAACCAGUUCAGCAAAAACGUCACCUACAAGAACCAAGAGUACGAAAUCGAGAUUUUGGACACCGCUGGACAAGACGAGUUCAGCAUGAUAAAUGAAAAACAUUUGGUGGGAAUUCACGGAUACGUUCUCGUAUACUCGGUUACAUCCAUUCAGUCGUUCCAAGUCAUAGAAGUCAUCCGUGACAAAAUCCUUAACUCCACCGGCAGUGAGUCCAUUCCCAUGGUGUUGGUGGGCAAUAAAUGUGAUUUAAAUUAUCAGAGACAAGUGGAAACAUCUGAGGGUGAAGCGUUGGCCAAGUCCUUCAACUGCAAAUUUUUAGAGACGUCCGUCAAGGACAACUUAAAUAUCGCCAAGAGUUUUGAGUGUCUUAUCGACCAGAUUGAGGCCAUCCAAAAUCCGGUGGCCAAACCUGAGCCCAAGUGUGUGGUAAUGUAG